AUUUUUAUUUUUUAUGGGUAAAAAAACAUACAAAAAAAAAUAUCUAUCGUCGUCGUCUCCACACCGUCGGUGCGGUACCUCACGGAUCAAUUUCUAAAGCGAGAGAGAGAGAGACAUUAUUUUCGCUAGAUUCUCGUAAAUCUUCUCUCCUCCGAUUUCCCCUUUUCCGUAUUGAGAAAAUUUCCCCAUUUUUACGUGAGAUCCGUGAUUUUUUUAUUCUUGUUUCCUUUCCUGGGAUCGAUCUGAAUAGGUAUAGCUUGAAAUUUUUAGGGGAAUCGUGAAAUUUGUUUCUUUUUGAAAAUCUCGAUUUUAAUCGGCGGAAAAUGGACGAGUUUGGAGUUCUAACGGAGCGUUACGGGAUUAAGCCUCAAGGUAAAUCUGCUCCGAUGGCUGCUUCCAAGCGUUCCGUUAAUAAUCACAACAACAAUGCUCAGAGCUGGAAUUUCGCAACUGCCUCAUCCUCUUCCUCUGGUGUUAACGCGAAAUCGAAAUCGACGUCGUUUUCUGGUAAUGGCUCUGUCUACGAUGGUGACGAUAUCUUCUUUACGGCGAGUUCUACUACUAAUAAUAUUAAUAGAAAGGGUUCGAAUUCUUCUAGUGGAUUUGACGAUUUUGAUGUUUUCUCUGGGUUGAACAAGUCGUCAUCUUCUUCUUCUGGUUUUAAUAAUAAUAAUAGCAAGUCCUCCUCCUCUUUGAACAACGAUGAUGGUGGUUUGUUGUUCUCCAAUUUUGGGAAUUCUGGAAAUAAAGCGUCUGAUGAUGACUUGUUUGGUGGUAUUAUGCCGUCUUCCAAAACCUCUGCUACUACUAAUGUUAAGAAUGAUGAUUUGUUUGGGUCUUUCUCUUCAUCUGAAAAGCAAUACGCUACUGCGGUUGAUGAUUUGUUGGGUUUGGGGAAGAAUGAUGCUUCUUAUGAUGGUUUGAUUCCCGGUUUUGGUGGCACGGCGACUAGCAGCAAGACGACCACAUUGAACUUUGAUUCGUCUGAUCCUUUUGUGGUUCUAGAAUCAACUGCGUCUGCAUCACAUUCUUCUCCUGGUCUGUUCGUGGAUCCACUUGAAGAAUUUGCUGCUUCAGUUAGUUCUCAGGGGAAAAAACCUUCAACUACGUCACACACAUCAUCAAUACUUAAGCCUCCGCCUAAACCAACACAAAAAGUGAACAGAGUUAAGAGUUCAGGAAUGUCUUCAAUAGACGAACUUGAAGACUUUGCCAUGGGUACUAUGCGACGUAGUGCCUCCGCUUCUGACACUGCUAGUAAAUAUAGAGAAGCUGAAGAUGCUGGAACAAAGAAUAAAGAAUUUGGUGUAGAUGACCUUGACCCCUUUUUCAGCGCUGGAUAUCGGUCCAGCAGUGUACCAAAGUCACGGACUACUACAACUGAAACAUCUCGCAAGCAACCAUCCAAUGUGCCAAAGAAGACGCCUAAUGGGGUUUCUAAUGCAAAGAAGCCUCCUGCUCAAGCAAAUCUGGUGGAUGACUUUUCUGCACUUUUUGGAGAGGAUCCUAUAUUUAGACAAUUCGAGGAAAUCCCAGGGGAAAGCGAAGAACGAAGAAAGGCCAGAUGGGAUCGUGAACAGAGAACAAAGAGCCGUGUGGCACAAGCUGUUGCUGAUAUGAAUAACCGUGAUCAUCAAUCUCGGAUUGAACAAGAACAGAGAACUAGGAUUUCUGAGACUGUUGAUACUGAGAUAAGGCGUUGGGCAACUGGAAAAGAAGGAAACAUGCGUGCAUUGUUAUCUUCCUUGCAAAUUGUACUCUGGCCUGGAUGUGGUUGGGAGGCCGUUUCUCUAACAGAUUUGAUCACUUCGUCAGCAGUAAAGAAAGUCUAUAGAAAGGCAACGCUGUAUGUCCAUCCCGAUAAAGUUCAGCAAAAGGGAGCCACGCUUGAACAGAAGUAUAUUGCCGAAAAGGUUUUUGACAUUUUGAAGGAAGCUUGGAACAAGUUCAACAAGGAGGAGCUCUCAUAAGCCCGUAUGUUGUGGAUCUGGCUGCCUCCAUAUCAAGUUUUACAACAGUUUGCUUCAGAUAGACCCUGAAACGGGACUGAUUACUUCUAGCAAUGGAUGAUUAAAGAGAUAGAGGCACUUGAAGAAACUUGAUACUUGUUUGUUUAAAGUCUGUGCCACAUAAUUUGUCUGUGAGUUUCCUUCAGUCUUUUCUUGUUUUUAAUCUUCUUGUCUACUUGUGAUACUUGUAAUCUUUCUUCUGUACGCUCAACCAAAAAAAGAAAAAAAAAAAAUCCAUGGGGGAUAUUGUAUAGCCCCAAAAGCUCAGAAGAUCAUAUAUUGAAUGUUACUUAUUAUAGCGUCGAGAUGAUUCACUGAUGUGUAUUUCAAUCCCAAUUUCCCAUAACUGUAACAAAAUGCUUUCGUU